AUGAUUGGAAAAAUAGUUGUUUCAGGAAUAUCCCUGAUUCUUGUUGUCGGCGUAGUCAUCGGAGUUGUGGCUGCUGUCAACCGUAGUGGUGACAGUUCUCAAAACACUGAUGCUUUGUCACCACAAAUGAAGGCUGUUACACAACUAUGCCAGCCUACUAAUUACAAGGAGACUUGCACCAAGGUUCUCGGUUCUGCCAACAGUACUGAUCCUAAGGCGUUGAUCAAGGCAGGAGUUUUAGCUAUCUCGGAUUCCUUAACGAAAUCCAUGAACUUGAGUGAGGAUCUUGUAGGAAAUGCUGGUAGUAGUGAGCCCCGUACGAAACUUGCCCUGGAUGAUUGUAAUAUAUUGCUGAAAAAUGCCUCCGAUGAGCUGCAAGAUAUUCUUGCAAAGAUGUCUGAUAACGACUUGAAAAACAUAGCUGAACGCGCCGAUGAUUUUCGUAUUUGGUUGAGUUCUAUCAUCUCCUACCAAGAAUUGUGUAUUGAUGGAUUUGACCAUGAUGGCGACCUGAAAUCUAAAGUGCAAAACAGUACGAACUAUGGUAGUGAACUAACAGAUAAUGUCCUGACUAUUCUUGGUGGGAUUUCAGACAUUCUGCAAAACUUUGGUCUCCAGCUUAACCUUCCCAACAUCAAUUCUCGUCGGCUCCUUGGUGCUGAUGGGUACCCAACUUGGUUAUCUGCUGCUGAUCGUAAGCUCUUGGCCGUCGGAAACGCUGGCAAGGCUGCACCAAAUGCGGUGGUUGCCCUAGAUGGAAGUGGGCAAUUCAAGUCCAUUAAUGCGGCUAUUAACUCAAGACCCAAAGGCCAAAAUGGUCGAUUUGUUAUUUAUGUUAAGGCAGGAAUCUAUAACGAGGCCGUAGUGGUGCCAAAGACUCAAGCUAAUAUUCUCAUGUAUGGCGAUGGACCAAGGAGGACCAUUGUCACAGGAAAGAAGAGCUUCACUAGUGGUGUAAACACCUGGAACACUGCUUCCUUCGUGGUUGAAGCACCAGGGUUCAUCUGUAAGGGGAUGGGAUUCCAGAACACUGCAGGUCCUGAUGGUCACCAAGCCGUUGCCAUCCGAGUUAACUCUGAUCUGUCAGUGUUCCAUAACUGCAGGUUUGAUGGGUAUCAAGAUACAUUAUUGUACCAAGCCGGGCGCCAAUUCUACCGCAACUGUGUCAUUUCAGGCACCAUUGAUUUCCUCUUCGGUUACGGCGCAGCUGUGAUCCAGAACUCAUUGAUCAUAGUCAGGAAGCCUAAUCCAAACCAAUUCAACACAGUGACAGCAGAUGGCAAGAAGGAAAAGGGGCAAACCACUGGACUUGUUAUCCACAACUGCAGAAUUGUACCUGAGGCAAAGCUUGUCCCUGAGAGGCUCACUGUGAAAACAUACUUGGGCAGGCCCUGGAAGCAAUUCUCGACAACUGUAGUUAUGGAGUCACAAUUAGGAGAUUUGAUUCAACCAGAUGGCUGGAUGCCAUGGGCUGGAAGCCAAUUCCUUGACACUUUGUUCUAUGCUGAGUACGCAAAUACUGGACCUGGUGCCAAUACUGCUAGGAGGGUGAAGUGGAAGACACUUCAUUUCCUUAACAAGAAUGAAGCUCAAAGAUUCACUGUUGGAACAUUCCUGGCCGGCGCCGGUCAAUGGAUCGGAGGCGCUGGAGUUCCUUUCUUGCUUGGAUUUCGGGCAUAG